AUGGGCGAUAGGAUCAGAUACGCGAUGGAUCAUUUAUCGCCGAAGCAACACAUCUCUAUGCUGGCACAACCGAAUUGGAGGAGGGUCCAAAGGAAGGAAGUGCACGCGUUGGCAAACCCAUUUACCAUUAGUCGUACGGCAUUGAAAGCUCGAGCUUCGAAAAGAAUCAGAGUCAUGGCGCGGCCAAAACAUGUCAGCAAAAAAUACGAUUCAACAAGAGCACCGCCCUCCUACCCGCGAAUUCAUCCAAAGACACUCGAAGCAAAAGUCAGUAAACGCAUCAAUGAUCUGGCGCUUCCGAAAAAGAGAUUUGUAGUGGCGAACAUGGGCUACUCUUCGAUGAGCAACAACUUGGCCGAGACCCUAUGGAAGGUUCAAAACUCGAGGUACCGAAGAUAUCGAUUCUUCUGCAACGCCAGGAAGCAACGAGAAAUGAAGAGGAAACAAAGAAUAAUGGCGAAAUUGCGUCGAGCGAUAAAACCGGAAGACUGGGAUCGACACUUGGAGAUUCUUGACAGAUUGUCUACUCCAAAGGAGACGCCGUUACCCAAGUUACCUUUUAAAAGAAGAAGAUGGAGGCCAGUGAACAUGCGGAGAAUCGAAGAAUUGUCGGUGCCACCGAUGAGGGAUAUACCACCUCCCAAGGAUCCGUUCACGGUACCUACAACUGCUCUUACUUACAAGAUCACUAAACGGCUUGACCAAAUUUCACAACCGAGACAACUAGAGGGUGCUGGCUCGGCCCGGAUGCCAGGAGCUGUUUCUCCAGCUGCGUUGGAAGCCGUAGCUUCCCCGAGGACGCUAAUCCUAGCGAAGCCGGUUGAACGGCCUGCAGGAGUGGAGACGGAUCUCAGGAAAGAUGCUUUCAUGGUGUCGCCGACAGCGUUGAAAGCGAGAUGCUCGAGACGACUAAAAUUUUUAGCCAGACCGAAAAGAAGAUGA